AUGUUCCGGGCGGCUAUCCUCGCGGCCGCCUGGCAUCUUGAUGAGAUGCCAGGAAGUGGGACGCCAGCUCCCAGGAAGGGGCUACGCAACUGCAGAGGCGAAGGCGGGAGCCUGGGAGCAAUUGGUGAGCUCCCUGGACGCAGACCAGUAGGGGCGCCCCUACAAGCGGACGGUCGGGAAGAUCCGUCCGUGGGCGCCUCCGCCAACGGAGUCCUUGGACCCCCAGGACCUGAAGGGCUCCUUAACACCCUCUUCCCGAGGGUGGAGGGAGCCCCUCCGCGGAUCCAUGCCCUAGAAGAUGGGGAGUGGACCGAGGACCUGGGGGUCAACCCGGAGGAGCUCGCUAGCGCCAGGAAGAGGCUGGGGGGCAGGGGCAAAGCCCUUGGCCCCGACGGCAUUCCUGGCUGCGCCUGGGCUCUCGCCCUCGGCGAUCGGAGCAUGUCCGAAGUCACAAGGGGUGUUAUGAACGGGUGCCUCAGGGACGGGGUCUUCCCCCCAGAGUGGAGGAGGGCCAAAUUGGUCCUCCUCCCGAAGACGGAGGCCGUCUACUUCCACGACGGCAGCCGCGGGGCGCCACCGGAGACCCGGGUUAUGGUGGACGGAGUCCGCGUCCACGUCGGGCCCACGAUAAAGUAUCUGGGCCUGACGUUGGACGGCCGGUGGGACUUCAGGGCCCACUUUAGGGACCUGGCCCCUCGGGUCAGGAAGGCAGGCCUGGCACUCGUCAGGCUGAUGCAGACCCAGGAGGGACCGGGUUGGCAUGCUCGCCGCCUGUACGUCGGAGUGGUACUGUCGAUCGCCCUCUAUGGGGCGCCAAUAUGGGCGCCCCAGCUGUUGGCCACCGCCCAAGGCAAAAAUCUCAUGCGCCAGGCGCUGAGGGCAGUGGCCGUGAGGGCGAUCCGAUGGUUCCGCUCCGUGGCGUACAUGGCGGCGACGACCCUGGUCGGCUCCUCCCCCGGUGGAGCUUCUUGCGUGAUGACCGGACAUGGAUGCUUCGGUCAUUACCUGCACCGGACUAGGAAAGAGCCCACCACCAGGUGCCAUCACUGCCCGGAACUGGACGAUACCGUGCACCACAUCCUGGCCGAAUGCCCUGCAUGGGACAGGGAGCGCGAUGUCCUAGCCCGGGCAUUCGAAGGAAUGAGUAAUGAAUUACUCCAGUCACAUUCCACCAAACUGUUAUUAAAAUUUUCCGUGGAUGAAGUGAUAGCCUUGAAGUAUGAGCACAAGCCUCAUUCCUAUCAAGCCACCGAGCACACCUUUUCCUAUUGUCGUAAAGAACCCAUCUUUCAUCACAAGACGUCCCUUUGGGUUGCAGCGAACGUGAACGUCAAACGAGUGUCCAACGUUAAAGACGAACAUGUCGACGCUGACGGGAACUUCGACGCUGUACAGACCGCAAUCGGCGACAUCGGCAGGUGGCAGAUCUUCGUCUGCCUGGCGAUGUCCCUGGUGAAAUUUCCGGUAUCCUGGCACCAAUUGGCGAUCGUCUUCAUAGCGCCGCCGCAGGAUUAUAAUUGCACGGUGCCCGCCACAACGGACUCCGAAGACCAGUGCGCGGUCGAUAUUAACGGCACGCUGGUCAAGUGCACGGAAUGGACGUAUGACCGAAGUAUCUUUUCCGAGACCAUCAUCUCGCAGUGGAAUUUAGUCUGUGACCGGACACACUACGCGAACAUACAGCAGUCGAUUUUCAUGUUCGGCACGCUGCUCGGUAACAUAAUCUUCGGCAGUUUGGCGGACAGGUACGGCAGGAAAAUGCCGUUGAUGGCUUCCGUGGUUCUUCAACUGCUGUCGGGGAUCGGAUGCGCCAUAGUUCCUUGGUUUCAAGUGCUCUUGCUGAUGAAGUUCCUGAGUGCCUUGGCCACUGGAGGCACGAUAGUAAUUAGUUUCGUUAAUUGUAUGGAAAUAGUAGGCACAGAGUGGCGAGCCGCCAUCAACGCCUUUUACCAAAUUCCCUACUGCCUGGGCUGUAUGGUGCUGGCGGGACUCGCGUUCUGGCUUCGACACUGGCGAUAUCUGCAGGUCGCCAUCACCCUUCCGUCUAUUGUCUGUUUAAGUUACUUGUGGUUGAUGCCCGAGUCGCCUAGGUGGUUGAUAACCAUAGGAAACCAGAGAGCGGCCUGCAAAAUCCUGCAGAAGGCGGCCAAUAUCAACAAAGUGGAGAACGUCGACAUCCCCGAAGUGGUCAGGAAAUAUUGUUUGCAGCAGAAUUUCAAGAAAUCCGCGCUGGACCACAAGCCCUCGUUUCUGGAUCUGUUUCGUACGUCGAACAUGCGCGUCAAGUCACUGUCGAUCUUCUUCAACUGGAUCGUUUGCGGAGUGGUCCUGUUCGGCAUGUCGCAAUACAUCGGUCAGGUCGGCGGCGAUAUUUUCAUCAACUUCGCAGUGUCCGGUGUCAUACAGCUCCCCGGCUACUUCGUCGGCUGGUGGGCGAUAAACAAAUUCGGUCGGCGGGUCACCCUGAUUUACAACAACCUCAUCGCCGGCGUCUCCUGUCUCCUCUUGAUCGCCAUGCUAAACGGUAGCGCGUGGGUGAGGGUGCUAUUGGCGAGUUUCAGUAUCGUCGGUACGUCGGUAUCGUUUAUGACGGUCUACCUUUUCUCCGGAGAACUGUUCCCCACAGUCGUGAGAAACAUCGGAGUCGGCGCGAGCAGCAUGUUCGCUCGGCUAGGCUCCAUCGUGGCGCCCUUCGUGGUGUCCUUGAGCAGCAUUAAAGCGUGGCUGCCGCUGGUCGUAUUCGGCCUCUUGCCGCUAAUUGGAGCCGCGCUGUGUCUGUUAUUACCCGAAACUGCCGGAUGCACCCUGCCGGAGACGCUUCAGGACGGAGAGGAGAUUGGCAAGAAAUGCAAGGUGAAGGGGAGAGACGCAGACGCCGAAGCGGAAGCGACGUUCUGAACGUUGAACGCCCGCCGCCACGACCGCUUCUUCACUUUUUAUCUCCGAGCAGUCACAAACCAUGACCGCGUGGCGCAAGUGUUAUCGUUGACGGGCUAACAUAAAGACGAGCGACGUUCAAUCUCGCAGUGGUUAUGGAGCGAUUGUAUUUAUCGUAUUAAUGGUACGAUUCUGUAACUCGUUAUUGGAGUUAACGACACUUUCGUUAACUCCAAUAACGA